ACAGAGCGGGAGGGGAAGUGGAGGGGGGGCGGGGGCGGGGGUGCCCCGGACAGAGAUGCGCACAGAGGGAAAAGAACCAGCGAGAGCAUGAGAGAGCUUUUAAGGGAUUUGCCAGUGAUUUGUAGAAUCUCACUGCGCUGACAUUGUGCUUUUUUUUCCCCCUCCCUCGCUCACACUUUCCUCGGCUCUGCCAUGAUACCAUGCCCUAAAGAUUCCAAAGUCGGGAUCUCAUUUUGGUUUGGAACAACUUCCACUUUUCGGUGUGCUGUGGCGGCUUUUUGCAGCUGAGAUGAUCAAGGAUUCGUCUUCGGCGUGGUGAGGAGAGCCUUGCCUUGGAGAUAGAAUCACGCCUUGGAGGAUGGACGCUGUGGAGCACAAGUGAUGGAUACAAUCAAAAGUGGUCCAUGAAGAAUGGGAAGGUGGCGAAGGUAGAAGUAGAGGCACGGUGCUCCAAGUACCUCCGCUGGUCAGCAUCAUGACACCAGAAGCCCUCUCUUCUCAUCAGUGCAGCUCUCCCUGGAAUUGGUCGGGGCUGCUGUGGGUGCUACUAGUCGGGAACCUACCGGGCACGUGGGGCCAACAGGGCACGCAGCCUCAGUCCAUCAAAAUUGAGGGUGACAUCACCCUAGGGGGGCUGUUCCCGGUGCAUUCUCGGGGGCCAGUAGGAGUGGCCUGCGGGGACGUCAAGAGGGAAAAAGGAAUCCAUCGACUGGAGGCCAUGCUGUACGCUUUGGAUCAGAUCAACAGCGACCCAGAACUGCUGCCCAACAUCACGCUGGGGGCCCGAAUACUGGACACUUGCUCCAGAGACACCUACGCCCUGGAGCAGUCGCUGACUUUUGUCCAAGCUCUGAUCCAGAAGGACACCUCAGAUGUGCGCUGCUCCAACGGCGAGCCUCCCAUCAUCCCCAAACCAGAGAGAGUGGUUGGCGUGAUCGGGGCGUCUGGCAGCUCGGUAUCCAUCAUGGUGGCCAACGUUCUCAGGCUGUUUGCGAUCCCUCAGAUCAGCUACGCCUCCACCGCCCCGGAGCUGAGCGACAACAGCCGAUACGAGUUCUUCUCUCGCGUGGUGCCUCCGGACUCCUACCAGGCCCAGGCCAUGGUGGACAUCGUCAAAGCCAUGGGUUGGAACUACGUGUCAACAAUAGCAUCGGAAGGCAACUACGGCGAGAGCGGCGUCGAUGCGUUCCUGCAGAUUUCCAGAGAAGCAGGAGGGCUGUGUAUUGCACAGUCCAUCAAGAUCCCCAGGGAGCCCAGACCCGGGGAGUUUGAAAAGAUCAUCAAGAGACUGAUGGAGACGUCGAACGCCCGUGGGGUCAUCAUCUUUGCCAAUGAGGACGACAUCAAGCGAGUGUUGCAAGCUGCCAAAAAGGCCAAUCUGACCGGCCACUUCCUGUUCGUUGGCUCCGACAGCUGGGGAGCCAAGAGUUCCCCCAUCCAAGACCAGGAGGAAGUGGCGGAGGGGGCCGUCACUAUCUUGCCGAAAAGAGCCUCCAUCGACGGAUUUGAUGAGUACUUCACCACGAGAUCUCUGGAAAACAACCGAAGGAACAUCUGGUUUGCUGAAUUCUGGGAGGAUGACUUCAAGUGUAAAUUGACUCGGCCUGGCAUCAAAUACGAAGCCGGAAGACGGAAAUGCACAGGUGAGGAGAGAAUAAGUCGAGACUCUCAGUAUGAGCAAGAAGGCAAGGUGCAGUUUGUGAUCGAUGCGGUCUACGCCAUGGCUCACGCCUUACACAGCAUGCACCUGGACCUGUGUCCUGGCUCCAUGGGCGUUUGCGAGAAGAUGGACCCCGUGGAGGGACGGAUGCUGCUCCAAUACAUCCGCUCUGUCAAUUUCAAUGGAAGUGCAGGAACCGGCGUGAUGUUCAAUGAGAACGGAGACGCUCCCGGACGUUAUGACAUCUUCCAGUACCAGCUUUCCAAUGUCAGCUACCCCGGAUAUAAGGUCAUCGGCCAAUGGACAAACCACCUCCGGCUCAAUCCAGAGGAAAUGCAGUGGUCGGGCGGCGACCGCAAGAUCCCGGAGUCGGUGUGCAGCUUCCCCUGCGAGUCUGGGGAGAGGAAGAAGAUGGUGAAGGGCGUCCCGUGCUGCUGGCACUGCGAGCUCUGCGACGGCUACCAGUACCUGCUGGACGAGUUCAGCUGCGACACGUGCCCCUUCGAUAUGAGACCCUUGAAGAACCGUACGGGAUGCCGGCCCACGCCCAUCAUCAAGCUGGAGUGGAGCUCGCCCUGGGCCAUAAUCCCCGUCUUCCUGGCCAUCCUGGGCAUCCUGGCCACCACGGGGGUUAUCGUUACGUUCAUCCGCUUCAACGACACCCCCAUCGUUCGGGCGUCCGGCAGAGAACUCAGCUACGUGCUGCUCACGGGCAUCUUCCUCAUCUACCUCAUCACCUUCCUCAUGAUCGCCGAGCCCAGUGUGGCCGUGUGCGCCUUCCGCCGGCUGCUGCUGGGGCUGGGCAUGUGCAUCAGCUACGCCGCCAUGUUGACCAAAACCAAUCGCAUCUAUCGCAUUUUUGAGCAAGGCAAAAAGUCGGUGACGCCGCCCAAGUUCAUCAGUCCGACUUCUCAACUCAUCAUCACCUUCAUUCUCAUCUCAGUGCAGGUGCUCGGUGUGUUCAUUUGGUUCGGCGUGAUGCCCCCCCACACCAUCAUCGACUACGAAGAGCAGAAGCCGCCGAAUCCUGAGUUUGCGCGAGGGGUUCUGAAAUGCGACAUGUCCGACCUGUCCCUCAUCCUGUGUUUGAGCUACAGUCUCGUCCUGAUGAUCACCUGCACGGUGUACGCCAUCAAAAGCAGGGGGGUUCCCGAGACCUUCAACGAGGCCAAGCCCAUCGGCUUCACCAUGUACACCACGUGUAUCGUGUGGCUGGCCUUUGUGCCCAUCUUCUUCGGCACGGCGCAAUCGACUGAGAAGAUGUUCAUCCAGACCACCACCCUGACGGUGUCCAUGAGCCUGAGCGCAACCGUGUCCCUGGGCAUGCUGUACGUCCCCAAAGUCUACGUCAUCAUCUUCCACCCGGAGCAGAACGUCCAGAAGCGAAAGCGGAGCUUCAAGGCCGUGGUGCAGGCGGCCACCGUGUCCACGCACCUCUCCCAGAAAUCCAACGACAAACAGAACGGCGAGUCCAAGAUCGAACCGGACAGAUCACAGUGAAGGAGACUGAGAUGGGACGUGAUCAGGGAAGACAGGAAGUAUUUAUCCUGGGUCAUUUCUUCCCCCACCUUGUUAAAUAUGACGCCAGCAACUAUUUGGAAUGUUGCACCAAAGGGAACCUGGAAUUUGAUCUACUUUGAAUAGACUCACUAAAGGACUGGUGGACGAUGAGAAUGAACUUCCACACUGCAAAAAAUCUUUUUUUUUUUUUAUACAUCAUGCCAAUUUUCUAUGCUCUUCAACUUGUCAAGGUGGUGUUUGUUGUUUUCCCUGGGGAAAAGAAGCGAUGUGGUGACCUAGGACCCGCAAAAAGAUGUUUAUGAUUGACGAGGAAAAUUAUUUAGUCACCUGAAAAGCACUGCAUGAAUUUUGUCUUGUGGUUAUUAUGAUAUUUUACUCCUAUGGGGGGAGGGUUGGUUCGUUUUUAAACGCACAACACUUCUAAUUUUAGUCUGGGACCCUGACCAGCAUAGCCGGCACAACCCAAAGUGGCGCCCUGGGGAGAUUUUAUAUGCCCCCCCCCCCCUGUCGGCUUACAAAACAAAUGGAAAAACUUUGUUUUUACUGUUACUUUCAUUUGUAAGAUAAUGUCACGCAUUUACAUGAUUCAUACAUUAAAUAUAUUUCAAUAAAAUAGUGAAUAAAUCAUCAUAGAAAUGAAGCAUAAAUAGAACCAAUCAACAUCAAAGGGGAGCGAUUAUGCUCAUUUUUCAUCCGUUUGUAUUGAGUCGUGGACUCCUAUAGAGCAGCUACACACAAUAACCAGCACGGAAAGCUUUCUAGUUCUUCCAGAAUCUGCACCUAUUCUGCUGGAUUUCUGCUUUACAUUCGAACUAGUUUUAAUAUAUUGAAGGUGCCCCCCCCCCCCAACAGCACUACUUUACGCGAGUGUGAUGAUAAAAUCACAGAAUUACGACAAUGACGGCUUCAAUUCCCGCAGCGUUCUUCAAAGUGAACAGCGUUUCCUUAUCCCUUGCAGUAGCCGAGCUUCCGCAAGCAACAACGUUGUGUACACCGCCCUUUUGUUGGAGAGCGCCCCUCACUUGGAAGAAGACUCCACAUCAUCACUAAAAGGAUUCGGUUUAUUAAUUACAAUUUAACUAAAAAAUAUACUUUGACUAUAAUACAUCAGACUUGGAAUCUGUUUCAAAAAAAAAGACUACGGCGGAAAAUUCUGCAUACACUCCCUCAGUCUCCCAUACCGAUAGUUCAGAGUCGCCCCAAGAAAAAGAAAAAGCAGAGAGUGUUCCCACGCAAACACACAGCAAGAAGAAAAUGUGCUAAUGUCAUGAAAAGAAAACAGGAAGUGGUCGCCCACUUGUUUUUAAAUAGAUAGUCGGGGGUGAAAGGUCAAAACUAAUAGCGUACACUUCACAAGCCGCAUCCUGCCAGGUGACUUCCUCAUUCAAGGAAGCUGUCCAGCGUCAGGCAGGUUGGCAUCUUGGGGGGGGGCCU